AUGUCGAAUUCAAACUCUCGCUUCACCACGCCGCUCCGAACGAAGCCGCUUACACAACAGCACCGAGCUUCAGUGAUGUCAAAACGGACUUUCAUUCCAAAGUGGAACUCCCACCACAGACCACCGGUCGUAUUUGGAGGAUAUCGACGGAGCACGCGUAGCAGCACGCGCCAAUUUAGCAAACCACAAGCACUGGAAGCAGCCGACGGUAGGGUUCGCUUGUAUAGUGACGCGAUAGUUAAAGGACCGAAGCAACAAGGAGUCACAACUCAUGAACGAUUGACACAACGCGUCGGAAUGUUUCGUAAUGCUAAACAUUCCAAAGUUGUGGUCAAUGACCUUUCUACUGCAGUUAGACAAGCGUGCAACAAGCAAAUCAAUCGUCUGGUUGCUGCGGAUAACUUUUGCGGGGAGGUCUCCAGUCCUGUGCCCAAUCCGAGUGCUAAAGAUGUUCGACAAACAUCACGAGUGCAACUAAAUUGUCAGCCGAUUAGUAAUGAGAGUACAGAUGACUGUGAACAUCCAGAGGAGUGGUUGAAAUAUGCAUACAAAUCAACAACAAUAAAUGAUAGUGGAUACGAACCUAUCCUCAGGCGUAAGAGAACUGCACUGGGAGAUAACCGUGUUCCCAGCUGUUGCAAGAACGAGAAUGAACAGCAGUCACAUACAGCUGAUAGAUCACGUCGGUCUAUUCUCAAAAAGAGUGCGAAUGUGAAAACGAGUGACGAAGACGAUUCAGAUGACUGUUCUUACCUCUAUCAGGACACUUCCAUUGCUCCAGUCCAACAAUUGCAGCGUCGUCAAAACGCUGUUGCUGAAAUCGCUGCAGAGCACAGGGAAAGAAUGCGAACUCCUGAAUGUCGUAAAGAACAGAUGCAACUAAAUUUUCCAAAGAACUCGAGAUCCUUCUUAUCACUUGGUGAUAUUUCUGCACGAAUACUGUCAGCCUUACCACCGAUUUAUCUUCGUGAUGAUCAUCAUGAUAAAUACGACGCCGUCGCACUUCGACUUCUCGCUGACAAUAUAAAGCGAAGCAAAACUGGGCCAGGAUCGAAUUCCAGCCUCAUCCGUUCCUUUUUGGAUCGUACAGGAUGUAUUGCUGUGGGGGAAGAAACUAGUCAGCUUGAUGACAACGCAUAUGAAAAUGUAUUUCAAGACUAUCCGCUUGGUUUCAAUCUGCUCUCGAGCCCAGGAACACCCGAACUUGAGAAGUUAUUUAAUCGUACUGUGGGCGCUAGUAAACUCGAGGAUGAUCCUGAGUUUUCGAUGCAUCCUGACCAGCAGACGUUCCACUUUCCAACCAAUACCAAUCAGGUUUCUUCUUUGAUGACACCAGCAUCUUUGCAUUCGAACCACCAAGAAGCAACAUUGUAUCAUAGUAAAAAAGCCAGCCCGGAGAAUUAUCAUGGAAGUGUUGCUGAUUUUAAAUUCCCUUUUUCUAGAAGUCCGUCGUCGUCCGCUAGCUCUUCUCCAGGCAGUGAAAUUAGGUUUGAUUGGACAAUUCCAGAAGCCAACAAGUACUAG